AUGGCUUCUCAACUCCUUCCUCUCGAGCUCAUUGACAAGUGUGUCGGCUCCCGGAUAUGGGUUGUCAUGAAAGGUGACAAGGAAUUCUCCGGAACCCUCCUCGGAUUCGAUGACUACGUCAACAUGGUCAUGGAAGAUGUGACAGAAUUGUAUGUGCUUUGGAUUUUGUCUUUGCUUUCUUUCGACUUCGUUGCCCUGCUGCCAACUGCGGUCUGGUUCAAGCUUCCACGGAUGUGGGCUGUUCCUGGCCGCGACUACACCGGUGCCCAGACCAAGCUCCCCAAGCUCUUGCUGAACGGCAACAACAUCUGCAUGUUGAUUCCCGGCGGCGAAGGUCCUGUGGCAAGCUCAUAA